GGUUUGGUUUUGUUGAAGAUAUAAGCUGUGAGAUGGGUACUCGAGGGAACGAGGAAGAGGAUGAUUGGUUUUGUGAUGCUCGUGAAGAGGUUUCAUCUGUUUCUGAUUGUAACUCUGAAGUCGCCGAUGAAUUUGUUCAAGCAACUGGUGAUUUAGAUCUCUGGACUAUGAAUCCAGAGAGUGUUACCAACCGUAGACAAAAGUUUUUUCAAUCUAUGGGUUUUAGUUUCAAAAAACGAGACUUUGAUCUUGAUCUUGAUCUGUUGGGAGACUCUAGUUCCGACCAUAUUCCGGUUUCGAAACAGUUGAACUCUGUGUCUGAAACUGAUCAUGAGGAGGAAGAGAAGGAGGAGAAGUUGUUGAGGAAUGAAUCUACUUCCUCUGGAUCCUCUGUUUCAUCAAUGUCAACUUCUUCUUUGGCUGAGGCAUUUAGUUUCAGAGGUGCAUUUCUGAAUCGUGCCAAGAAUAUUGAUGAUCAGAUUUUGCUGACAAGAGAUUAUUCCAGUAAUAGCAGUAGCAUUGCUGAGGGAUUGAGUGAAUCUGGUUCGAGUAGGUUUGAUAGCUAUGGAGAUCUGCAGAACUCUCCAAUGAGUCGUUAUGUAGACUCGCCUAAAAAAGUAGCUAAAGGGUGGAUAAAGAAGUUAGGUGUGUUAACUCAUAUUCUUGACAAAACUGAAGAGUGCACUGAUGGUGAGUCAAUGGGAUCAUCGAUACGGAGACAAUUAACUCGAGUUCAGUCUUUUAAAAAGCAGUUCAAGGAGCUUUCGUCUCUUUGUAUCGGACAAGAGUUCUCUGCGCAUGAUGGAUCAAUUGUGGUUAUGAAGUUUUCUCAUGAUGGGAAGUACUUGGCUAGUGCUGGUGAAGAUUGUGUUGUGCGAGUGUGGAACAUAACGGAAGACGAGAGAAGAGACAAUGAGUUUGAAGUGGCGGAGUCUGAUUCAAGCUGUGUCUACUUUGGAAUGAAUGACAAGUCACAGAUUGAGCCUCUCAAGACUGAGAAUGAGAAGAUCGAAAAGAGCAGAAGAUUGUUGAGGAAGAAGUCAGAAUCGACUUGCGCUGUGUUGCCCUCAAAAGUUUUCAGUAUAUCUGAAACCCCUCAGCACGAGUUCCGAGGACAUACGGGUGAAAUCUUGGAUCUUUCUUGGUCGGAGAAAGGGUUUCUACUGUCAUCUUCAGUGGAUGAGACUGUUCGGUUGUGGCGAGUUGGUUCUUCUGAUGAAUGUAUCAGAGUUUUCUCUCAUAAGAGUUUUGUGACUUGUGUGGCAUUUAAUCCUGUGGAUGACAAUUACUUUAUAAGCGGAUCGAUUGAUGGCAUAGUUCGUAUAUGGGAUGUGUCUCAUUUCCGAGUUGUUGACUAUACAGAUAUAAGAGAGAUUGUUACAGCUUUGUGCUAUUACCCUGAUGCUAAGGGUGCUGUAGUCGGUUCUAUGACUGGCGAAUGUCGCUUUUACCAUACAACUGAUAACCAGCUGCAACUGGAUAGAGAGAUCAGUUUACAUGGGAAGAAGAAGGUUCCUAACAAAAGAAUCACCGGUUUUCAGUUUUUUCCUGGUGAUUCGGACAAAGUGAUGGUUACUUCUGCUGAUUCUCAAAUCCGAAUAAUCUGCGGAGUGGAUACAAUCUGCAAGCUUAAAAAAGCUUCAAGUCUUAGAACAACUCUGAUGAGCCCAACAUUUGCUUCAUUCACGUCUGAUGGGAAACACAUUGUCUCAACAAUAGAAGAUUCAGGCAUUCAUGUUUGGGACUACUCUCAACCAAACAAAAAGGCGUCUUCUCAGAAACCAAAGACCAUCAGAUCUUAUGAGGGAUUUCUCUCACAAAAUGUGUCUGUGGCCAUACCUUGGCUUGGCCAAGGGAAGGAGGAGACUAUCAUAGCCGAUUUGGAAAAAAGUUUUGCUCAUUUCCCGGCUCCCAUGGACUAUUUCUCUCCAAUGAAAGGAGCAACUACAUGGCCGGAAGAGAAGCUUGGAGUAGUAGCUGGUUCGGCUGCAGCAGCGGUUUCAGCAACAGUCAGCAGCAGAUCCAAGUUGAGGCUCUUAAAGAGUGUGUGCCAGAACGUUAAUGGCUCGACGCCUCACCUGUGGGGGCUUGUGAUUGUGACAGCAACUUGGGACGGUAGUAUCAGAGUGUUCCAUAACUACGGUUUACCAAUUCGAAUGGAGGCUCAAGCCGCUUACAUUGCUGAUAUCAUUGGUUUGCUUUUGCCGCCUCCUGUGAAUUUCUGUGGUAUAGCUUCAAACUAUCUGAAGCGGUUGUCUAUUCCCGAGGAUAAGGUUCUUGAGCAGGUGCAUCUCUUACAGAACUGGACGAUGCCUAGCGAGUUAUAUCUGUCGAAGAACGAGCUCAGGCUUCCCACCCGUGUCUGUGUCAUGUCUAUUAUUGUUGUAGCUAAACGGACGCUGUUUAACAUCAAUGGUUUUGGUGUAUGGGAACGGAGUUUGGGUUUGCGUGAUGCUAGUAAGGCUGAUACAGAGUUAUCAGAUAGACACAAAAGCAACCACUGAGGAGCUUUUGAAAAACCUAGAAGCCUUGAAACCCAUGGUAAAUUCCUUUACCUACCUAUAUUUUCCCCUUGAUGAUAUGUUCAUUUCUCUGUUUCAAAUCCUACUAUUGAAUAUGUGAAAUUUAGUUCUUAAGUAUAAAUCAUCUCUUUUACGCCCAUUUUGUAGGAAUUUGAACUGUUUGAGAUUUCUUAAGUAUAAAUCAUCUCUUUUACU